CGUCGUUUGGUAUGUACCUGUAUCUCAUGGCGAACGACACUAGACUUGUCUACGAAGAGAUCUCUUUUUACCUGCCAACGUGACACACUAAAAACCCUGCUUGGGAUAUUUUUAACAUAGUUGUCGAAGGAGAAACACCUUGGCACCGGAGGACAAUGGGCAUCCCAUGUUCUUCAACUACCUCUGCCACCUGGAUUUUGAGGUCCCGAGUCGAUAGCUAGGAGUUGCCGAUGACACAGGAUGUUUGGCUGUCGGUGUAUAUGAAGGCCUCUGUCGGCCCCCGAGAUGAUGAUUUGGAGUUACUCAGCAGUGCUCAAGUCGUCGUCCGAACUUUCUCGUAUUUCAGUCUCUUUCUUAAGUUUCUAUUCGUCUUUACUUCUUCCGCUGGUCGCUUUAUUUUUUAUUCUUAAUAACUAUUUCCACUCUUUCUAUAUCCGGGGCAUACCAAGCCAGCCAAGAUAAUUUGAGAACAUUCUUCAAGAAAUAUUAGUCAAGAUGGUCAGCUAUCGUAUGAUUGCCGUUGCCGGCUUCCUCGCCAGCGUCAGCGCUCUUCCCUUAAAUAUCAACCUCGGCGCUUACUCCCCUGCAUUGGUGGUUGGUGAUGGUGAAAUCUCAUUCGGAGGAGGUCAAGAUGUCACGAAUUUGAUGAACGCUCUGGAGGGCGCAGCAGUCAAUGCCGCUACCGGGACAGCCAGAGGUGCCACAGAGAACGCCGCAUCUGCACCGGUGACUACAACUAGCAUCACUCCAGUGGCCGCUCAAAGUAUCCCGAGCCCAGUUGCCGAGACUCCCAAAGCCUCUAAAGUUCCUGAAGCCCCUGAAGCCCCUGAAGCCCCUAAAGCUCCCGAAGCUCCUGAAGCUCCAGUUGCUCCCACCACUCCUAUUGACCCUAACUUAGAGCAACAAGCUACUCAAAUAGCCGGCCUCCAGGGCAUGGGCAAGCAAAUCGCCCCCCGUGAUUCCGAGUCUCCCAAAGCAAAGCGCGACCUUGCGGGGUUCGACAGGGCUCUUACAUACGCCGAGGCGGCAUUAACUAAGGGCCCCUUGAUCCAGCUUGGUACCGGCGAAGGCGGCGCUGGUGUCGGUAUUAUCGUCGAUAACAACGGCGGCAAAGCUGGCGAGAAACCUGCUGCCAAGCGCGACGAGUCCUCGCCAUCUCAGCCGCGGCGACGAACCAAGGUCACGCGCAUGUAUGUCAAGCGUGGUGUUCCAGCCGCUAUCCAGGCAUCUAGCGAAUCCGAAACUCGUUCCGUCAGGGCCCUCCCCGUCGCGAACGUCCCGGCCGUAGCUAAGCGGGAGAGCACUUCUUCUUCUGACACGAUCGACGCUAUCAACCUAAAUGUGAACGAUAGCCAAGGGUUUACGAUGACGUUUGUUGAGACGACGGAAGACGGUGAAGAUGAUACGAUAGGUGAAGCGCAGGAGUAAGACGACAAGUAGUUAUCUAGUAUCUACUUACCUACCUCUACUUGCUCUUUAUGUACUGCUUUGGCGCAAUGUAAUUUUUAUCGUCGUGUUUUUUUUUCUUGAUACCAUGUAUGGGAGUCAGGUGGGAUGAGAGGGAU